AUGUCGACCCCCAUGCACGAAAUCCCCGAACCCUCCUACCCCGAAUUCGGCCCACCAGGCAGCUACCAACCCCAAUCCCGCCCCGCCCCCGCCCCGCACCCCGAAGCAUCCUCCGACUCGCACACCUACACCGACUCGCCGCCGCUCACGCGGCACCAGCUCCACGACCUUCGGCCCACCACGGGCACCACCGUCUCCGACGACCUCAACCCACACCGUCAUGUCUCGCAAUCCCGCAAACGGGAGGAGAGCCACCGGCUCGACGACGACCUGGAACUGCUGAAAGCGGAGCGCGUGGUGACGAACGCGUCGGCCACGGGGCUGGAUAGGUCCCGGAGCAGGAGACACCGCUCCAGGUCCAGGGUCAGCGAGGUGGUGGAUCCCGUCGACGAUUUUGAUAUUGCAACGAACCCCGUCCAUGAUAAUGGCAAGGGCGUGUGGCGGCCGCCGGAGAAGCCGCAGAAUGGGUUUGCGCAGUUUAUGAAGACUGUGCAUGAAUCAUCGGUUAUCAUUCGGUAUUUCACGUAUAUCAUUCCACUGGUGCUGAUAUUGCUUAUUCCCCUGCUUUUGGGAGGGUUGGUGUUUCAUGAAGCUGCGGUUGGUGAUGUGUAUCUGAUGUGGUUCAUGGUCUGGCUUGAAGUAGUCUGGCUCUCCCUCUGGGCCGCACGAAUCAUCGCCAAAUGCCUCCCCUACAUCUUCUCCCUCCUCACCAGCGUCUUCACCAACAACAGCAAAAAAUGGAAAGACAUGGCACGGAUGCUCGAAGUGCCCGCAACACUCUUCUUCUGGUGGCUGGCCAUCUUCGUCUCCUUCCUCCCCACCAUGACCAAUCACCACAACAACGGCGACAAGUCGACGCGCUACUGGGAGAACCGCGCCAACAUCGUGCUCCUCUGCUUCUUCGUCGCCACGGUGCUCAACUUUGCCGAGAAGAUCAUCAUCCAGCUGAUCGCCAUCAGCUUCCACCAGCGCACCUACGAGGACCGCAUCGAGCUCAACAAGUUCCAGAUCGGCUCGCUGGCGAAGCUGUAUGCGUACUCGAAGCUGUUUGAGAAGGAGCGCGACCUGGACGAGAAGCGGGACUCGAACCUGGCGAGUGGUGUGAGGACCCCGCUGGUGAGGCUGCAGCAGGCGAGGGCCGGCGCCCAGAAGACGUUUAAUAAGGUGGGCGAUGUGUUUGGGAAGGUGGCGGGAGACUUUACGGGGAAGCAGGUGUCGAAGAGUACUUCGCCGCAGCAGGUCGUGCUUACGCUGCUGUACACCACUGAGGGAAGCCAAGCUCUCGCCCGCCGCCUCUACCGCACCUUCAUCCGCGACGGCUGCGAAAAUGUCCUAGCCGACGACCUCAAGCACGCCUUCUCCUCCGAAGACGAGGCCGACGCCGCCUUCGUCAUGUUCGACCGCGACCUCAACGGCGACAUCUCGUGCGAAGAAAUGGAGCUCGCCUGCGUCGAGAUCGGGCGCGAACGCAAAGCCAUCGCCGCCUCGCUCAAGGACCUGGACAGCGUCAUCGGCAAGCUCGACGACGUGCUCACCUUCAUCGUCGCCGUCAUCGUCAUCCUCGUCUUCCUCAGCCUGAUCUCAAAGUCCACCGCCAACGUGCUCACCUCCGCCUCCAGCGCCGUGCUGGCGCUCAGCUGGCUGUUCUCCGCCACCGCGCAGGAGUUCCUCGCGAGCAUCAUCUUCGUCUUUGUCAAACACCCGUUCGACGUCGGCGACCGCGUCGACAUCUACAACACCGGCGCCGGCACAAUCGACACCUUCUUCGUCAAAGAAAUCGCGCUAAUGUACACCGAGUUCAAAAAGCUCGAAGGCCACGUCGUGCAAGCGCCCAACUCCCUCCUCAACACGCUCUUCGUGCUAAACAUGCGCCGCUCUGGCGGCCUCGCCGAGGCCAUCCCCGUCGUCUGCAAAUUCGGCACCUCCCUCGAGCAGAUUGAGGAACUCCGCGAGCGCCUGCUGGCCUUCGUCACCGCCGAGAAGCGCGAGUACCAGCCAAAGAUCAUCACGGAGCUGCGCGACAUCCCAGACAUGCACAGCGUCAAGCUCAACGUGGUCUUCUUCUACAAGAGCAACUGGCAGAACGAGCUCGUGCGCCUGCAGCGCCGCAACAAGUUUAUGUGCGCGCUCAUGGUCGCCGUCGACGACGUCGGCAUCGAGUCGCCGAACAUGCGCUGGCCCGGACAGAAGAGCUCCCACCCCGUGUUCCUCCAAUCCGUCAAUAACGACCAGCUGCAGCAGUCCGUACUCGACCGCGGCGCUGGCCCAGAUAAGCAGGACGGCGACACCAGCAUCGGCCGCUCAUCGAGCCGCAGCGGAAGCAAGAAGGUCGACUUCUCACUGGGCGUGAAGGACAUUGCGUCCUCCGACGACUCAGGCGACGUGUUCGAGGACCGGCGGAAGCAGCAGCACAUACCGAUGGUGAAGGUUCUCGAGGAGCGGGAGCGCGAGGAGGCGGCAGAGGCGGCAGAGGCGGAGGCGGAGCUGGCAAGGACGACGUCAAGGAGUAGCUCUGAGUAUCGUGGUGGUGAGGGGUUUCAGCGCCGGAGGGCGGGGAGCGCGGGGGGCAGCGUGGUGAGCCAUCGGAAUAGGUUUUUUGGCGCGAGGAAGAGGAGCGUGGAUGUUGAGACGGGGGCAGGGACGGGGACGGGGACGGUGGAUAGGGGGAGGUUGAGUGUGGAUUAUCAGAGGCCAGGGUCGAGCGCGGGGGCGAGUGCGAUGAGGGCGAGUGUGGAGUCGGGGGGGAGGAGGUGGAGAUGCGGAGGUUGUAGGUUUUAG